CUCGAUUAACGCGGCACUGUGCAACGUGCCUCGCGACCGUGGUGAUCAACAUACGAUAUAUCGCUAUCGUGAUUUACGUCUGUCAUCGAGAUUGUCGUAUUCUUUUUAAAGAAACGCGCCAUCGCGAGAUGACGAAACGAACGAUUCACGACGGCGAUCGCAGCGACGUGAAGUUGACAGCGGAGUUCGAGACCGGCUCGGUACUCGAUGUAUUUCUCGAAACUCGAGCGCGAUAAUCGCAAUGGAAAUCGUAGGGCGACCGUAGUGAUCGUCUAAUCGCGCGAAUUCGUGGAAUCUCGUCGGUGACAGGCGGGUCGACAUUGUAACAUUAUGUCGCAGUUGCUUCUCGUUCGUUGUGAAAGGUAAACAAAAGCGAAGAAGCGUCAUCGGUAUCGCGCAUUCUUUCGAAGGUCGUUUCCAGUGUGCGAUUCAACACCGAUAAAUUCGGUCGUAUACGAACGGAUGGCGCGCGUCUUACCGUGAAAGUACCCGGAGUCGUGAUUUCAUCGUGAAUCGUUCCUUUGCCACGUGCUUUUCGUUACGCGUUACAUCAAGUUCGAGAGAAAGGGCGGUUACGUUAUUUCGGGCGUGGAUAAUCGUGGCGAGUGAAUAAUACGCGAGUGUCACGAAGCAUUCUCGCCGAUGCGUCGUCGGUCCUUGUAAAUGAGAACUGACCGUCCCCCCGUGUAGAGAAGGCUGUGAUCACCUUUUUCCUCGGGCGUGAAGAAUUUCGUAGAAUUCACGAUCGCGAAUUCGAGAAUACGCCAGUGGAACCGGUUAUAUCGUGGGAGCCGCAACAAAGGGCCGGUUCUGAUCGAAGGAAGAAAUCGGCAGAAAAUAUUUUUCGACCUUUCGUGUCGACGAUCGCUGGUCCUUAUCUGGCGGUGAUGACGCGGAAGGGGGCGCAACAGGAAUUUGACGGUUGUGUAUGAAGUGUGACGGCUAAGUGCGAUCGAACAGGUGCAUCGAAACGAAACCCACGGACAACGAUGAAGUAUCGGAGAGUGACGUUCGCUUGCAACGAAUAGCUGUAUCGUUCGCCCGCAACUGAAACGAUAUGGAAGUACGGACAGAGAGACCUCGAACGGCUGGCCGGAUAGCACCGACCGGACGCGUUACUCCGACCAUACAUCAAACAGGUGGAGGAAGAAGAAAAGCGAUACCAGUUCCGCCGCCGAGGGUGCCGACCCCCAUGCCCACCGCAAACAAUAAUCAACAAAAAAACAAUGCCAACGUCGACGCCCCGGUUCCGGUGCCAGCUCAAAGGAAAGAGCCCCACGAAAACAUCGCCCGGAUAGCAAAGCGCUAUCUCGACGAUAACAUGCAGCAGGCGUGGAUCAAUCCUCGUCUAAUAUCGAUGAUAAACAUGGAAGCUGUCACGUCGACCGAUUACGAUUCGUCCAACCUCAGCAGAAAUUUUAAUCAGGUGGGCUUCAACACUUACAACUACUCGCAGUUCGAGGAGAAAUAUAAGCCGCGGCAAGUGUUCAAGUACGGCGACGAGUAUCUGGAGUACGGUCGCAACUCGGUCAGACUGGGGCUGAACGAGAGGUUCGCGAGAUUAUCGUCGAGGCAUCAAGACGGUGUCGGGAAAAUCGAUCAGAGGUACUUGCGGAGUCACUCGCAGCCCGAGAGACAGCACCAUUCGACCCACGAGACACGAUCCAAGUCGCAAGAUUCGCGAGAAUUAACUUUCUAUCAGAUCGAUCCGCCCGUCAGAGCGGAGAACGUCCAACAUCAUUCGAAGGCUCAUCGUUCCGCGGUGGAGAAGGGCCAGGGCAAAAAAGAACUGACCUUCUACGAGAUCGAUGGGCCCGCGACGCAAGAAAAGGCGAAAGACGGCAAGUUCGAGAGCUGCAAGGACAGAAGCGACAAACGGGACAAGUCGCACACCGUCCAGGAAAAAGCGAUCCCUCCGAAGCACGCGAAGCAGGGCCAUCAGGAACAGAAGACGAACGCGCCGCCGAACUAUCAGCUGAAUAGAUCGCAGUCUGACCUAACGGAAUGUCAACUGCCAAAUUAUUACAGGCAUCAGAACAAUCCUUACAUCGAUCCACCCAAGUACAGACAAUUCGACAGACCGCCCAAGUAUCAGGAGACGCCACCGAGGUCCGAACCACCUCCGAAGUACUCGGAAGUGGCUAGACGCCAGGACGAUUACAAACGCGUGCAGGAGGACAGAAGCAAACGACAAGGUGGAGGAGUAGGAGGAGGAGGAGGAGGAGGAGGAGGAAUAGGAGGAGGGAGUAUAGGUACCGGUACCGGUGGUGGCGUUGGCGGUGGCGGCAGCGGCGGUGGUGGUAACUCCAGCAGGGGAACCGGCGGCACUCAUGGCGCCGAGACGCCCUCUAAUCUGGCCAGUAUCACGCCAACCGCGCGAGAAGCAACACGCGGUCCUUCAUCGCGGUCGCGACUCCCGUACAAGUCGUGCGACACGCGUUGCCCGAACAACAAUAACAAUAAUAACACGAGCAAGGAGGAGGCGUACGAGGAUGGUACCGAGGACUGCGAAGUGAUAUCGUCGUCGAGGUGUCACGCGGACUCGUCCAAAUCGUUCCACCAUCAUCAAAAUCGGUCUUGCGGAAUCGGUGUGGGAAGCGGUGGUGGUUGUGGUACCGUUUCUGGUAAUGUUUGCCACGGUGGUUCCGGUGUGCCGUGCGACUCGUCGACGUGCGACCGAUACAAGGGUGCCGUGGAUUCUUUGUUGAAGGCUAGUGAGGCGGUACAAGGACGUUUGUGCGACAGAUCGAUGUUGAAGAUCGAGAAACCGUCGACGAAGGCAAUUCUUCACGGUAUCGAGGGCAUCGGAAAGUGCGGCGAUAGAAUGAAAUCGGCCCAAGAACUCGGUUACGGGAAGCACGAGACCGGCAAGUCUAAGAGUCACGAUGUCGGUCACGGGUUCAAGGUCGAGAACAUUAAAUACUACGGCGAGUUAAAGGGUUACGAUUUUAAAUCGUACGGGACUAUCGAUAAGCCGACGGUUGUUUCUGCCCACGAGAAAUCGCAUUUGCACGGGCCGGAGAAGAACGGUCACGAGAAGUGUCACUCGAAAACGUCCUCCUCGUCCGCGAUGCAGAGUUACGGCCUGUCCAAGGUCGCCGGUGAACGUCCAGCGGAGAAGAGCGUGUACGCCGAUCACUAUUAUCACCGAUCGUCGCACUCGAAGCCGCAAAGCGCGUAUCAAGUGUACCAGGAGACCAAGUACUCGUACAACGUGAGCGGGGUACCAGGGACGCCGGCGCAGGCCAGCGCAGCCGCAGCUUUCUUCGCAAGAGCAGCUCAGAAGUUAAACCUUUCAUCGAGCCCCCAUCGUCGACGUCGCUCCGGCGACGAGAACAUCGGCUCUGACGAGCAACCAAUCUUUCCCAAUGGAUACGCCGCCCUUCUUCUCAAAUCACCUCCUCCAGCGCCUCCGGCUCUUCUGCGGAGGAUAGGCGUGAAGGAGCUCACCGGUGUCGGCAAGGUGAAAGUUAUGCUGAAAGUGUCACCCGGAGAAGGCGGUAGCUUUUUCAACGCGGACAAGAGGAAGAAACAGGUGACGCUGGUCGACCCAACGGCUGGACAAUCCUCUUCGGCGGACGAUCGAAGGCCGACCGUAGCGGCACCGAAAAUGUUUGCCUUCGAUGCGAUAUUUACCGAGGAGGACUCUCAGACGGAGAUCUGCUCGAGUGCCCUGACGGACGUCAUCCACGCGGUUAUCAACGGAACGGACGGCUGCCUCUUCUGUUUCGGACACGCGGGACUAGGCAAAUCUCAUACGAUGUUGGGCACACCGGAGGCAGGGCACACAUUAGGAGCGAUCCCGUGCGCGAUAGCUUGGCUUUUCCGUGGAAUUUCCGAGCAGCGACAAAGGACAGGCGCCAGAUUCAGUGUAAGGGUCAGUUGCGUAGAAUUAACCACCGGCCAACAGCAGCUGAGGGAUCUUCUCGCGGCUCACGCCAACGAUUCCGAGCAGUCGCCGGCUGUGUACUUGAGGGACGACCCACUGUUCGGCAGCCUGCAGCUGCAGCAGCACAGCGAGCUUCGUGCACCGACUGCGGAACGUGCCGCCUUCUAUUUGGACGCAGCGGUCGCGGGCCGACAACGAGAAGACGGAGACGCGCACAUGCUCUACACUCUACACGUUUAUCAGUACAGCGUCGCCGGCAAGGGUGGAGUUGCCGGAGGCAGAAGCAGGCUACACUUAAUGGACUUGGGUAAUUCGGAUCGCGGCAAGUCUUCUGGCGGGAUCCCCUUGUCGGGACUAGGCAAUAUCCUGCUAGCGAUCUUCAACGGGCAGAAGCAUUUGCCGUACAAGGAACACAAGCUAACUCAGUUAUUGAAGGAGUGUCUCGGCUCGUUGACGUGUCACGCCGCGAUGAUCGCCCACGUGUCUCCCAACGCUCAACACUACACGGAGACGCUAACCACCGUGCAACUGGCCUCCCGCAUUCACCGAAUGAGGCGAAGAAAGAUCAAGUUCGUCGGUGGGAGCACGCAGGGGACAGGCAGCGGUGGAAGUUCCGGCGAAGAAGCGGCCAGGCAGAACAGCGAGUGCGAUCCGAGCUCCAGCGAUCUGUCGGCGGAUACGGUGAUCUAUGUCGGUCCCAGUACGGACGACGCGACGGAUGGCGAACAUCCCCCCGUUUAUAUACCCAGCCUGAAUUCCGGAGACAAUCGUUGCGCUAUGGGUAGAGUGCUUCGUGGAUCAGCUGCGGAAAGACCUUGCAAGAUGCCGGAAGAACGCAGUCCGGUUCAUAAAUCGACGAAGGCGGUGAAGACCUUGACGCAGACAGCCUCGAAGCAGACUUCUCCGGCGCACACCGCCACUCCGAAGGCCAGCCCGGCCAGGAAAAUUUCGUCGACCAAGGUUCCUUCGUCGAAGGUGAACGAUUCGCCUGGAAGCAAGAUUCCAGUUGCUGCGCCUAGCGGUGGUUCGGACGAACAGUGGAUAGACGGUCCCAGGAUCUCCAAGUCGAAGGUCGCGGAGGCUAGACACAUGUUGAAAGAUCCUCACCACAAGAGGGAAACUUGGAUCGACGGACCCAUGCAAUUGACUGGUCCGCCUACGUUGCAGCUACACACUCAGCAACAUUCCUCUGGCUACGGAUUCAUGGACAGCCACAAGAAGAGUAUGAUUAGAAAGUGGGUGGAGAAUCAGUCAUCACAGAUUCAGAAGAGCAGACACGCAGCAGCUAGAAUCGAGUCUUCGAAGAUGUCCGGACAGUCGUCGCAGUUUAAGGAACUAACCACGUUCAAGACGUGUGGAGCUAUGGACGACGACGAUACUUCGUUGUCUACGGUCGAGAGUGACAGCUUGAAGGCGAACGAGAUCGAGGAUAUCACCGAGAAAUUGGGCGCCAAGCUGAAUCUUCUGAACGUCAAGUCCAACACGGAUUCCGGACUGGAUCUGACAGCCAGUCCUGUCAUGGACGACAGCGUGGACAAAGGGAAGCUGGAUCUUCAGGAGGACGAAGACGACGACGAGGAGAUCGUGGUACCUCCACCGUUGCCCCUCAUAGAGCCACUGAGCAACGGAGUCAGCAGAGAAGUCUCGAUGGAGAGCCUGAAUUUAUCGCACAAGGACAUAGUCCUGCCAUCCAGGCACUCGUUGUCUUCCGAGGACGAGAUCUUAGAGAUCGUCGAGGUCGAGGAUUUGGAACCCGUCCCCAUGCAGGACUCGUGUCUUCAAGUGACGGAAGAGGACAUCGCGAUGUGUAUGGGGGAAAAUCCUUUGCCUGAGAGCGAUCAAGAGGAGCAUCCUUUAAGAAUUCUCAGUCAAGAGAAUCUCACCGUCGUAUCGACGUUCACUGAUUCGAUGUCGGUGAUGUCGGACACGGAACGAUACAGGCCUCAGUAUCCGCCUCCAGUUGGCGCCGGUGUCCUGCCCAGGCCAUACUUCGACCACGAGGAUUUCCUAGAGCAAGAGACCAGGCACAAGUUCGACCAAUUGGCUCGACUCCACGAGCUCUACCAAAGCAAGCUAGCGCUCGCUAACGUCUCCAACUCGGUCACCUAUCAAAGGGAGAACUCUUCGAACGUCAGAGAAGCUCCAUCCGCCCCCGUCUUCCGUCCGCCGUCGCGCUGUCAGUCCUUGUCCCUCUCGGACGUGAUGUUCAACGACAACGCGAGCAAUCACGGCAGCAUCUACAGCGAGCCCGCGUACAUCGCCGGCAAGUCCGAUCAGGAGAAGAUCUGCGACAAUUGUCGUCAGAGCAUGUCGAGACCGGCCACUGCUUCCUACUGGUAUCCGAACAGUGUGGCGCACAUAGCCAGCCCUAGGAGAUACUGUGGCAAACUGGGUGACUGCAACAUCUCCAGCCUGAGGCAUCCUGAUGGCGCCUCGAAUCCUAAUCUCAAGGAAGAGGUGGAGAGGCUACCAGGGAACGGAGCUUCAGGUUCAGAUCCAGAGGAGGAAUACGUCGAGGCGAAGAAACUGUUCACGGCGGCUGAGAGGCCUGAGAGGACUGUCACUGGCAAGUCAGAUAUCGAGGAGGAUCUCAAGGUUCAAGCAACAGCACCGUUGCAGCUGUCUAUUCCAUCGCCGGCGCCAUCCUCGGGUCGAAUGCAGCGUAAAAUCACAAGUCUGGGCUCUUCGAUGGGCCUGAACAAGGAGGGCUACGAUUCUGGCGCCGAUUCCACGCCACGGGCAGCGAAACUCUCGCCAGCUACUUUGUCCAGGCAUCGUGCGGAAAGUUCUGGCUACGACAGCAUCGUCAGAGAUAGCGAAACCAGCAGCAUCGCCAGCGACUCGUCCAGGCAUACCGGAGCUCUCCAAGAGCAUCAAGCGGUGGAACAGCGGGUGGCAGAGUGCGGGCUCCGGUCACGGGCCCAGUGCCGGGCCCAUCUGCCACGGGCGCCAUCCGCGCUGCCGGGGAUACUCGCGUACACAAGCGAGGACGUGGACAUCCUGGACAGGCGCGCACGGUUGCGCUCGGAUCCACGUGGCACGAUGUCCAGGAUACACAACCUGCGACUACGGCAGCGCCUUCUUAGGCUAGAGCUGCGUGACGCUAAGAGGCGCCUAAUGGUGCCCGAUGCUCGCUGGAGCUAUGAUCUUCACGUGGAGGAGAGUAUGGACUGGCGAGAUCCGUCGUUCCUGGAAGCGCUCGAGGCAGAGACGUGUAUCCUGCAGAAGCGAGUGCAAGCCUGUAAGAGCCACGUUCUUUUGAUCACGUGCUUCGACUCCUGCCCACGGCAACCAUGCACGCGGCAGGCGGAAUCGCCUACAGGGAUUCGGAUCACCUAACCUAGACUUGGGUCAGCGCGCUCAACCGCGUGCUGAUCGCUAAACGGAUCGCCAAACGGAUCGCUAUAUGAACGAUUAGAAACGAGACGAGCGAGGUCGCUGAUGGGAAGAGAGAAAUAAAGAGAAGAAAAGGGAAUCGUCGUCACGAUGUCGCUCGACUCCGUCCAAUAGUUGUUAAAUGACAAAUUUAGUCGUAUCGUGAUCGUCGUCGCCAUUGUUACGCACGUGUAAUAAUCGAUCGUAAGGAAGCUUUCAUCCCAUUUUUGUGCGAGGAUAAAGCGUCGUUCGCGUUAACGAGCCGAGAAACUUGUUGCGUUUGGAUCUCAGGCUGUCUCCUGGAUGCCGACGUUCCAUAAAGAAGGGAAUUUUUACGAUGAUUUCUAAGAUGUUCUAGCGAUGUUGAAACGAUUGUUAACAGAGAUAACGUGUAGAACGCGAGACGCAUACUUGUUGACUUAAAAUAAUUUAGCGUACGAGUUGGUGCUGCAUUUUUUAUACCGAUCGACCGUCGAGGACUCAACUGCUAGGUAAAUUCACUGAGUCGUUGCUCCUGAUUCGAAUUCCAAAUGAAUUCCAAGCCGUCGAGAAAUAUGAUCUUUCGAUGAUACAAGCUGCACUUGACAAUUCAGAAGUGCUAAGCUUCGAGAACAACGCUGGGAUAAUUACAGCGAGCGAUUUUGUGCGUUUAGAACCAGUUAACCAGUAUCGAGGAAAGUCAUUAUAGCGUGUCGUGCGUGUUUGAUCGAUCGAAGAUCGAGCAUGGAAUUCCUCUACGUAAAGAAACGGAAGAUAAGAAGGUGACGAGAGAGAAAAGAAGACAGAGCAAUUCCAUUGAACUCUCGCUACGGUGCUGAUCUUCGAUCGACGAUCCGGGAUCGAAAUUUAAAUUCAAUAGGUUCUUUUGGAUCGCACCGAAUUCGUAUGGUAAAACGAUACGUCGAAUUUGAGGGAAUAAAGAAGAGACAAACAGUGCAACAUGAUGAUAUAAAGAAUAUAUGUAAUGCUAUAAAGAGGUGGUAGUCAUCGGGUGAUAGUGCCGCCAAAGGAGAAAGCAAGAGAAUCCUUUCGUAUGGUAAACGAUUGACGGAAUAAAAGUCAAGGGUAAAUAACUGCGAUGAAACGCGUCGUAGUCAUUGUAUUUAAUGCACGCACGUUAAUUCAAGAAUAUUAUCGUAGCUUUAAUCGUUAUCAACAGUUACCGCACUUCGUAGGGCUCUGUAAUUCACUUUAGAAGCGAAGAUGAGAACCGAUGGGAAUGUGAGAGCGAGCGAACGAACGAGAGAACGUGCACGAGAGAAAAGCACAACGGGAGGGAUGAAAUAACGAGCGCGAAAGUAACCGAGAAAAAGAUGCUGCGCGACAGAGUGUUACUUUUCCACGGUAAACAUAUUCGUAAUCGUAAAAGUUGCUCGGUACGCCAGCGCUCUCUGUUUUUUCGUGUGAGAUGAAAGAUGCAUAGCGAACGUUUGAAAGAAAGGGAGAGAGGGAGAGAGAGAACAGGAUGGAGUGCGCGAAGUUUAAACGCGAGAAUCACGCGUAGAGCCAAGACGUGGGCGUAUAGAUCGUGGAAGGGAGAACGAGCCACGGAGAAUGAAAAUAGACGGGAUGAAAAUAAAUCGGGAAUGCCGGUAAUGCGCGGCAGAAACAGACAGAUUCCAGCUUUCUGAUACAAACUGUGCCGUGUCCGCAGCUGAUAUCGAUGAAAAUCGCCCGGGUCUCUGCCGCUCAAUCGCUUGUAUAUGGCUAUGUAUAAUAUCAUAUCCGCGUUCUUCGCUCCUUACGCGAUGUGCAAUCUUAGCCCGCCCAUAUCGCACUGCCAAUCUAAGAGCUUAAUUCCCUUUUAUACAUAUACGAUUUAAGCAUACCAGAUUCUACGUUGGUCUAUAAAUAUCGUCAAAUCGAUUCAUAAAUAUUUCCAGAAAAAGCUGCUUCGCUUCUUGAAAUUUUUCUUACAACUCAAUGUCAGUAAGAGCAACGAAGCGAUAGUGCGUCUAGUUUAGUCUUAUCUGUCCAGAUUUGAUGGUAUCUGUAGACCGCAAUCACGAGUCAGACGUAUAUUCUGACGAUUAAGACUAAUCAUUAAAGCGGGACAAGGCUGCACACAAUGAGCAACGAGCCUGCUUACCGAGCAACGCAGGAUCGCCGAUCCCCGCUAGUUGCAGAGAAUCGUUCUCGAAGCUACCGGUCAGAUCGAUCGUAAGCCGAAAUUCCUGUGUCAUUGUCCGUUGUUAAACGAACCCGUACGCUAUUCGUCCAAUUGUUCUUAACCCGCCACUGCCGAAUACACGCGUCCCAUGAUCGAUCAUCUUCGAUCGUCGUCCUCCGCGCGAUGUUCAUGACUUCUUCCUUUGUGGUUCAGUUCAAUCCGAACUUGUCCUGCGACCGAUUCAAGACGCGUUCAAGGGUGUUCGCAAUACGCACGACGAUCUUCUCUUCCCGAUUGUACCUUCCAGGAAUCGCUUCUUUCUUUUUUACCAAGAAAGAUGCCGUUUCAAAAUAAAAUAACCCCAUCUCGAGAUUCGAUACUCCAAUCGUCUCCUACGUUACACGUUUCCUUCUCUUUUCUCCGUCUACCUUACCCGUUUUACGUUCGAGCUAGGGAAGCGCGUCACUCCGUCUACCGUGAAAAUACGACUAGUAAACGAUUUAACAAGUAAUAGCAAUUUACGAUUAAGGAUUUAACCGACCUCCGCAUGAUGCCGCUCGAGGAAGCGGCUAACCCAGAGUAUAACACAUACGCGCACACAUACCUAACAGAAAUACACGAGAAUCUACCGUAAACACGCGCCUACUGUAUCAUAGUACUUGUAUCAUAUUUAUAUUUUAUAUGUACAAAUUAGUCAUGUAAUUUCUUGUAAUAAAGAUCA